AGGGGAGCUGCAGAAUUGGAGACUUUUGCAUCGAACGUCGCGCGUUUUUAUUAUUAUUAUUAUUUACCUCCCUCCUCUCUGCGCGUUUGUCCACGGAUAGAGCCUGUUCCUCCCCUUGCCCAUCUUUUCCAGUCAGCUUCCUCUUCAGGUUGAGCGUUAUGGCCUGGCCGUGCAUCACGCGCGCUUGCUGCAUCAACCGCUUUUGGACCGAGCUGGACAAGGCGGACAUCGCGGUGCCUUUGGUUUUCACCAAAUACUCGGAUGUGGCCGACGUGCAGCACCUGCCCCACCACCCGCAGCCCAGGCAGAAGAAGGCCGCGGCUAUUGCCAUAGAAACCCAGCCGCAUCCGGAGGAGCGAGAGGCCGCCAAGGCACCGCCCGCGGCGGGUGGUGCCGCAGCGGCCAAAGACGGCGCGUCCGCUGCGUCCGUCAUGCGCCAAGACUUCAAGGCGUGGAGAGUGCGCCCCGAGCCCAGCUGCAAGCCCCGGAACGAGUAUCAGCCGCCGCCGGCUCCGUUCAGCAACGAGACUCAGUAUCAGAAGGAUUACAAGCCCUGGCCCAUACCGAGGAAGCACGACCACCCGUGGAUCCCCAAGCCCAGUCCCACCGCCGGCUCCAAGCUGGAGCACGCGGCGGCGGCGGCAGCAGCAGCUGGCGAGAGCGAGAGCGGCGUGGAGAAGAGCGAAAUCGAAGAGAAGAUUCAAGAGAAGGAGUCAAAGGAGGCAGUGAGGAGGGAGAAGUCCGCGGAGAGGAAAGCGGCAGAGAAGACGGAGGGACCCGCAGAGGUGAGCGCAGAGCAGCGGAGAGGCAGAGCCGCAGCGGACGCUCUCAACAGACAGAUAAAGGAGGUUAUGUCGACUUCUAGCAGCUACAGGACCGAGUUUAAGGCGUACAAGGAUGUAAAACCAGUAAAGCUGAUCAAAGCUCCCUCCCAGUAUAAACCACCUGGAGAGGAGACCAGCCUGGAAACCAGCUACAAUGCCACAUACAAGGGGGAGCAGGUGAAGGCCCAGGCCACUGACAACAAGCUGCUGGAGCGCCGGAGGAUACGCAGCCUGUACAGCGAGCCGGGCAAGGAGCCGGCCAAGGUGGACAAACCAACGUCUCGCACCAAACCAAAAAAGGCGCCGACAACGACUGGGAAGAUGGUGAAAAAAGCUAAGGAGAAGCAGAUGCCUGGUUCCCACCUGGCCAAGAAGAAACCAUCUGCGAACACACCCGAAGCCACGCCAGAGGGAACGGUGACGAAGAAGAGCAAAGAGAUCAGCAACAGACUGGCUGAGGCCAAACAUUAGGAAGGGGUCAACUCGUAUGCUUUUUAAGGGUGUGACGACAUCGCAGAGAAAAUAAUUUUCUUCCUCCUUUGUUCAUCUCCUCACCUGUUGUCAGGUUUACACGUAGGAUCACGUUUGAAUGACGUUGAGCUUUUAGGAUAAUGCAAAUAAUUUUACUGUAAACCGUAUGUGAACGUGUGAAUGUUUGUGACUCCUUUGUAUUCCGGCACACAGAACCGCUUUUCUAUUAUUGAGCACAUAAUUUGCACAUAUGAGUUCCACUUGACAUUAAACUGAAAAAAAAAAUUGAGACAUAAGUGUGCUUGUACAGUGUUGUGACAAAAGCCCAGAGCUAGCCCUCGUUACUUUUAAGUUUUGCCUUAAAAGAGUCCCGACUUUUGCGUAGGUUUCGAGCCAUAUUUCUCCAGACUUUUCAAGGAUCUCCUUGUUGGACCACACCUUUUUCAGUAGUCCUAUUUCUUGAGUGCCACUUUUUUAUUCAAUUAUUAGUCUUUUUUUUUUACUUGUAAAUCCUUUAGUUUAAUUUUCAAAAUUUUCAAAAUUCCCAGAUUUUGUUGCAUAAAGCUGUAUGCCAGUGAACAUAGCUAAGGAAAGAGAAACAAAAUGAUUUGCCUCGGUUAUUUUUGUUCCACUGGCUGGUACUUGUUAACACAAGACAGGUUAACUGCCUAACUUAGGGAACUCUUUUAUGCUUACAUGAUCUGUGGGUCAGUUUGAAAACAAACAGUGACGUAUAGGGUGUAUCAUAAAAAAUAAAUGAAAAGGUAGUCAUUGAUUGAUGAAAAAGAUGAAUAUAAAGUCUGGAGAAUGUUUGCUCAAACCUGCUUAAAGAACUCAAGAAAGUUUUGUGCAAUGCUAACAAAAUAUAAAGCUGCUGUCAUGCUGUUUCUUAUCCUAUCAUGUAUGUUUGCAAGUUACCUUUUACCUUUUUUUUUUUUUUUACCAUACUUAGUGAUUGACUGACCAUCUUGGGUUGAAAGUCCAACACUCGUUACUCGCCAAACGAGUGCCUCUAAGUAGCCUAAUAAUUCGAAGCCAAACUAAUGAAAAACAGAUCCAACUCUGAGCAUGCGAAAAUCAAUUCAUCUUCGUUGGCGCAGACAGAGCGUCUGCAUGUCAUAGCAUGAGAUGAAAUAUAAUUUAGAUAACGUAUCAUAUCAUUUUGAUGCAUUCAAAAAUUAUGAGACAGGCUCUUUGCUGGAGAUGGGUGCUACAGUAUCAGAUGCACAGAUAGGUGAACAUUAUUUACUGAAAUAUAUUCAUAUAUUCAUGCAGCUUUAAAAUGCAAGGCAUAUACGCAACAGUGUGACGAAGGUGUAAUGAAAUGAGGGAUGGCUCAAGACUUUUACACAGCACUGAAAUAUGUCUAAGAGGGGUUUUCUUUCUUUUCUCUGAAUGGAUGAUUACUAAGUUAAGUACUGACAUCAAUGUAUUAAAAAAAACUACGUCAAGGAGAUCCUUUUUUUCUCCGAGACGUAUCACGUGAGUGUUUUUUGUUUUUUGUUUGUUUUGUUUUUUUGUGAAAAGCUCUGUUUAUUUCUGGUUUCCUACUAACAGUGCCUCCGCUGUUUGGUCCUGGUUUUUAUUUCAUUGUUCCGGGUGAUAUCUGGCGUAAUCCAAUUGGUUGUUGGGAAAUUCAAUUAACUGUAAUGUAAUUGCUACAGCUUGCAUGCAAGACCCUUCUUUUGGUUGAGUGGCAGACUGUACGCGGUCACAGUUGCACUCUAGCUUGUAAAUGGAGCCUUUAAAGAUAAAUGUAUAGGUGAGAUACCUUUUUCAAGUAUAAUGCAUGAGUAGAAAUAGAUUCUGUUCACAACGAGACAUACAUUUAACUAGUAAUCUCAUUGAUUAGUGGCUGGUACUGCUGUAAAAUAACCACACCGGCAUUUAUGGUUUCACUCUGAAAAAUGUUUCUUUCGAUCUAAAUGCAAACAGGUUCCUUUGAUUGGUUUCUGAAAAAACUCUAUAUUUUGUGGCGUUGGCCUCCACACACUUCUCUAAGUUGUGAUUACAUAGUUGAGCUCAUUCAGAAAAAAAAAAAUUCAAAACACCGCACAAAGGUCUCAAAAGGAAGAAACUAUCUUGGUGAACAGGCCGAUCUCUCCAGGUGUUUAAGGGCAAGGAAUGGGCCAGGACUUCAAGCUCAGCUCUU